AGAGGUAGGAUAAAAAUGGCUGCAUGCAUUUAUUAAUAGGAGAGAAAAACUAAGCAUUGAAGUGUUUCUUUUGUUUAGUUCACAGCAACGAAUUACAGAAAAUCUUGGGAUUAUUUCAAGAAUAUACAAGAUGUUUUUAUAUCCGUGACUGAAAUAUUGUUCGCAAAAGUUUAACUAUUUGCUAGAAUUGUAAAAUGAAAUUUAUUGUCAGGACCUUGCGAUGUAAACGUGGCCUACAAAUGGAAGUUCGUCUCACUUUAAUGUGUUAACGGUGAGACGACAAUUCGCCAACCGUUUUGUAUUCUAAAGUGGAAACGGAUACUAAAAUUAUGGAAUAACUUUUGAUGCAGGUCGUUUCGUAAUUUGCGUUAAACCAGCACAAUUAAACGAAUGUUUCAGUUUGAUUUAUAUCUAUAUAUCAAUUUACAGUAAAGUCUGUUUAUAACGUUAUCUGAGGAUUGCAAGAUUUUGACUUUAUAUCAGUGUACGUUACAUAGAUUUUGACUUAAUAUCAGUGUACGUUACUGAGAUUUUGACGUUAUAUCAGUGUACGUUACAAACGAAAUUAAAUGAAUUGGGUUUUUUUGUGUGUGUGUUUUGGCUUAGAUCUAUAGAUAAUUUAAAAGUGAAGUCUAUUUAUAGCGUUAUCAGAGGAAUGCAAGAUUUUUGACGUUAUAUCAGCGUACUUUCAAACUAAUACCCAAUUAACUGCAUUUCAUGGAAUUGAUAAAAACGCGCAAUAAAGUCUGUUUAUAACGUUGUCAGAGGAUUGCAAGAAUUGUGACGUUAUACCAGUGUAUGUAACAACAGUUGACUUAGUUCUGUUGUUGGUGUUCUAUUCAUUAAUUUAUGUCGGAAGAUUUCAAAAUAAUAUCCAAUUAGAAGUAUUUCAUGGAAUCGAUAAAAAUGCGUCGAAGCAAAUUUAGGAAGUUGUGUGUGAUAAUAUUCAUUGUGUUAUUACUAGUGGGUGUAUAUUAUGUUUACGGAAUGAAAUUUAAAACUCUAUAUGACAAAUAUUCUCGUUUAUUGAAAGAACAAGAGGAAUACGAUCGGCAUCAGUCACUGCAAAACCUUUUGAAAAAACAUGGCCGCGAUCAAUAUCAAGCUCAACGCCAUAAGGUUAAAGGUCGUCACGAGGUCGUCAAUGGCGUCGAAUUCUUCAUCGAUGAAAAACACGAGGAUCCAAAAGAACCCGUUAAUAAUGCUGUUCACGAUGAUGGGAUCAAUGUUGAUAAUAAGUACAAAAAUUGGAACCCAAAUGUAGAUGAUCAUGGUAACAAAAUCCCCGAUGAUGAUCCAUAUGCCUUCCAGAGGCAUCACGGUCAUGAGCAUCAUCAUCCACCCAUAGACCCACAACCCAAUCACCAUGAUCAGGGGCUACAAGAUCCACCCAUUCCGCACCAAAUAGAAAACCUCGAGUCGGAAGGCGAAAACAAGAAAGAGAGAGAGGUCAUUGGAGGUGUUGAAGUUGUUGUGGAACAUAACGGCGAGGCAGCGUCUUUGAACAAUCCCCAAAUUAAUCGCCAAGGCGCUAAUAAUGUUCUUCAGCCAGAACAGGUCAGUUUAGACGCUGACAAACGAGUUCAAGAGACCAUCGUUAAAGACGUGGAAAAGUCUGCGUUUCCGUUAGACCAGCUUCAGCCCCAAGAAUCAGACGCCUUGAAGAAGGUUCACGAAUUGAUGAAGAAGUAUCAAGACAAGAUGAUAAAAACAGGGAAUAAUAAUCAGGUAGUUGGAGCAGAUGGAGCUGCUGCACAAGGAGGCCUUCUAGAGGCUGGCCAUGGUGUUCCGGGUGUAGGAGGAGCCAUUGGACAAGAUGUUCCGGGCGUAAGAGGGGCCGUCGCACAAGCUGUUCCGGAUGUAGAAGGGGCCAUCGGACAAGCUGUUCCGGGUGUAGGAGGGGUCGUUGGACAAGGUGAUUCUGGAGUAAAUGUGGGCGCUGAUCAGAAUAAUCCCCAAGUAGCAGGCAAUGCAGUUGGUGCGGAACAGUCAAAAGACGAGAAUAUAUUGAAGAAUCUAGUGUUAGAUGGUCCUCUAGAUGACAAUAAAAUCAUGAAUCUUGUAAUCAGUGGAAAGGUCAAAGGUAAAGCCGCAAUGGAAUUAAUGAAGUACUAUUCUAGAAACAAACCACAACCCCCAUCCGUUUUACCACCGGCUUUACCACCGAUUGAUUUUUUAAAGCCGACAAGAGCGGCUCCUGUCGCAACACAAGGGGUAGAUAACGAAGCCUUCAACGUUUACGACACUCACCAAAACGUAGAUCUGACAUUCAAUUGUGUUUCUUUAAAAUUGAUCAUUAACAGCACAAAAAUCUGCGUGAAUGACCCCCUUCUCGAUAAACCGAUCUCCGAGAAUUUAGCUAGGAAGGGGGUGUGGGAAGCCCAAAACCUACAGGAAUUUCAGCGAGCCUUGGAAGCCUGUCAUGAUUGUGGAGUUAUCGAUCUUGGUGCCAAUCUCGGAGUCUAUUCUCUGACGUCGGCAGUCUACGGUAGACAGGUGCUUGCCGUGGAGCCACUUUUACAAAGUAUUGGGCCUUUUCACAAAUCUAUCCAACUAAACGAAUUUACGGAAAACAUCACGUUGUUGCGAAACGCAAUCUCGGAUGUUCGUGGGUACGCCGAGGUAAAAUACCCUAAACCUCUGGGAAAUUUGGGCUCAGCGUACGUUGUUCCUGUCGACUACAAAGAAGCCCUGCAACAUAGUAUGGAUAUACACAGACAGAUCGUAAAGACGAUAACCUUAGAUGACCUCGUGAAAAUUUUAAAAUUCAAGAAAGCCAUUUUGAAAGUCGACAUAUCCGGUUCGGAACAUCUUAUGUUCAAAUCUUCUAAAACUUUCCUAAACGCCAUUGAUGUUCCGUUUAUAUUUAUGCAUUGGGCCCACGAAGAGAGUAAGGUGGAGACGUUGGAAACAGCAGAUAUUUUACUAAAGGCCGGGUAUAAACCGAAAAUAACAGUAGGAGGGACUUUAAUAGAAAUAGAAGCUUUAACAAGGGAUCAGGGUUUAUUGAUUUGGGCAAAGCAAUAUCCACAACAAUAGGAAUGAUUUUUAGUUUGUUUUUAGAUUGUAUUAUUUGUUUUUAACCAUAUAAACGUUUUAUUGAAAAAAUAA